CGUGAGUGUUGGGUUUCGUCUACAAAAUGGCUGCACAGGUGGCGAGCAUAGCCUCACUGGCGCUGCUGGCGCUGCUGGCGCUGCUGGACGCCUCUUCAUGUCUACCACGACGAGCAUCUGACCCGCCAGCAUUCAUCUCAUCAUUUCCAUGGCGGCUGCAGUCAGAUCUGCAGUCCCGCCUGAGGCUACGAAGGCAGCCGCUGGGCCUCGCAUCGCUGUCCAUGGCAAAGCCCGUCGACCUCACCGGCAAAGUGGCAUUCAUCGGCGGUCAGCAGAAGCAAUGCACUGAUGCAAUGCACUGACUGACAGCAUCGUGCCGUUGUGCACCUCGCUGUGUACCUCUCUGUGUGUCUGUGUGUCCGCGUGUCCUUAUGGUGUGUGUGUGUGUCCUUAUGUGUGUGUGUCUGUGUGUGCAGGUGUGGCUGACUCGAAUGGGUAUGGUUGGGCCAUUGCGAAGGCGCUCGCCUCAGCGGGAGCUACGGUGACCGUCGGGACAUGGCCGCCUGUCCUCAACAUAUUCAAGAUGGCGCUGGAAAAGGUGACUGACUGACGGGGAGGGAGGCGCACACGUGAUGCCAUGCAUGACGUGGGUGUGAACGCGUGUGUGUAUGUGUGAUUCCAUUGAUGGGUUCAUCGGUUGGUUGGUUGAUCAGGGCAAGUUUGACGAGGAUGCGGUGCUCGAUGACGGGUCCAAGAUGGAGAUCGCCAAGAUCUACCCGCUCGAUGCCGUCUUCGACACGCCCGAAGACGUGCCAGAAGAGGUGAGGUGCGUGGGCAUCAUGGGUGCGGUGCAUAUAUCUUUGGCAUUCACACACUCCCCCUCUCCCUGUUUGACAGAUCAAGGACAACAAGCGGUACGCUGGGCUGGAGGGCUACACCAUCCAGGAGGUGAGCAAACGAAUGACAGCAAGAGAGAAGCGCAUUGGCCUGUGCUGUUCGUUCUGCAUCCCGUCCCUCCAUUCGCUCACUGACUGACAGGUGGUUGACCAGGUAGCCAAGGACUACGGCAAGAUCGACAUACUGGUCCACUCGCUCGCCAACGGUCCAGAGGUGAGAUCACAAACCAAUUGCUAGUGCAUCGUGUGUAUCGGUCCAUUGGUUGGUGUGUUGCAAUGCAUCCAAUCCAGGUGAUCAAGCCGCUGCUGGAGACGUCCCGCAAGGGCUACCUGGCGGCCAACUCAGCGUCGGCCUACUCGCUCGUGUCGAUGGUGCAGCGGUUCGGACCCAUCAUGAACCCGGGCGGCUCCGUGCUCUCUCUCACAUACGUCGCAUCUGAACGAGUCAUCCCUGGUACACACCACACCACACCACACCACACCGACUAGCACACGUGUGCCUCUGUGUGACGCCUUCUCUCUCUCUCUCUCUCCCCCUUCCUCUCUCUCUCUCUCUCUGUGUGUGUGUGUGUGUGUGUGCAGGUUAUGGUGGAGGCAUGAGCAGCGCCAAGGCGGCUCUCGAGUCGGACACACGCACCCUGGCGUGGGAGGCGGGCCAGAAGUACGGCAUCCGGGUCAACACCAUCAGCGCAGGACCGCUCAAAAGCAGAGCUGCACAGGUAGGUGCGCCAUUCCCACGAACAGGAAGGGGCGCAUGUGAUCUGUCAUGUGUGGUGUGCUGCGGUGGUGGUGUGUGCAGGCGAUUGGCGGAAAGGGCCAGAAGACCUUCAUCGACUACGCCAUCGCCUACUCGAAGGCCAACUCGCCGCUGGGUCAGGAUUUGUACGCGGAGGACGUGGGCAGCUCGGCGCUGUACCUGUGUUCCCCCCUGGCGAGGGCGGUGACGGGCGUGACGCUUUACGUCGACAACGGGCUGCACGCCAUGGGCCUGGCGGUCGACAGCGAGGCCAUGAAGAUGGAAGAUUGAGUGAACGAUGCCUUGGGGGGAGGGAGGGAGGCUAUCCGAACAGGCGGAUAGGGGCGCAUUCAUGUGCGUGUGUGUUGGUGUUGGUGCUGGUGUUGCGGUGUGGCUGCAUGGGUUUUUUCAAAGGUCGUCACGGACUCGCAGACAGACAAAUGCCUGCAUGUGUGUGUUUGUGUUGUUUUUUGCCUCGUGCGAAACGAGGACAGUGCAUGGGUGUAAACAAACGCACGCGUUGAAUAUAUCAAUUUUGACACCACCCGGC